UUACAAAAAAUAUGUAAAUAUGACAUUUGUUUCAUUCACACCUAAAGAUGAAUGAAAAAAAUAGUUUAAAAAAUCAUGGUUGAAGAUUUCAUAAUUCAUGCAUCAAAGGGAUAAUGUUUUAUGGAUUUUUGUUGUGAGGAUUAUUAUUAUGCAUUUAUUAUUUAUUCAUUUUUUGUCUUGAGUUUCUGGGUUUAUUUGAAAUGUGCAGUGGAGCAAAAAAGCAAUUGACAGCCCCUGAUUGUGCAAGGUGUCCCACUUAAAAAGAUAAGAAAUCUGUAAUUUUCAUCAAAGGCACACCUCAAUUGUUAGACAGAAUGUGAAUAAUCCAUUUUAAUGAAUUUAUUAUAUAAUGGUGCAGAAAAUAAGUACUUAGCACCAAGAAAAAAGCAAGAAUCUUGGCCCUCACAGACCUGUAACUUCUUUUUUUAAGAACCUGUUUGAUCUCCUUAUCAGAUACCAGUCCACAUCUUCAAAUAGAACAACUCUGACCUCCACAAUUGCCAACACCAGAGAGCUGUCUAAGGACACCGGGCACAAUAUUGUGCAUAUGCACAAGACUGGGAUGAGCCAAUCUACAAUAGGCAAGCAGAAGAAUGGACCUUCCCCUCUUCAUGAGGAUGCUGCUUUAUGCAGUAACCCUCAAUGUUUUUGGUGCUUUUGGAAUCAGUGAGCUGAACAACGGACACAGAUGGACUUGCCAGAACCUGCCAGGUCUGCUAGUGACCGAAACAGCUGCUCUAAAUGAAAGUUUGUUCAGAGGGACGGAGAAGAACGGGGUAGAAGGAGAAACAGGGGUAUUUUGUGGCAUUGAGUGUCAAAGUGCUCUACCACCAACUAACCAGGUGGAGCAAGAGAGGAUUCUGGGAUAUGAGACGUUGUAUGAAAAUGGCUCACGUACGCACACAGACAUCAGUUUGCAGUGUUUGGACAAGACACCAGCAGGAACUCCUGCAAGCGCAACAGUUUCAGUCCGCAGGAAACGGCAAGUUUAUGGUGCAGAUGGGCGAUUUGUGAUCUCAGAUUCCAACUUCAUCACCAACUACCCGUUUUCUACUGCGGUCCGUCUCUCCACAGGUUGUUCUGGAGUUCUGGUUUCUCCAAAACAUGUGUUAACAGCAGCACAUUGUAUCCACGAUGGCAGGGACUAUUUAGAAAGUGCAAGACAUCUUAAAGUAGGCUUGUUGCAGCUGAAAACAAGAAGAAGGAGGAUGGGAAGGAAGAGAAGAUGGAGACAAAGAGAUGGUUUGAAACAAAACGACAAACAAGACAAGAGGGAAAAUGAGGAGGGAGGUGAGAAGAAUAAUCUAGGAGUGAAAGAAAGAAGAGGGGGUGAAAAGAGAAGAGACAGACUGAGGAGAGGAGGAAAACAAGAUGGAAAAAAGGAGUUUGAGAGAGGAGUGGGUGGAAAGAACAGUCUCAGUCGUAUUCGCCGCAGCAAUGGACCAGGAAAGCAGUCUGUCUUCCGUUGGUCUCGAGUUAAAAAAACCCAAAUUCCUCAAGGAUGGAUCCACACCAACAAUGUGACAGACGCUGUGUCCAUCGACUACAAUUACGCUCUCCUGGAGCUGAAACGACCAGUCAAGCAAAAGUUCAUGGAGCUCGGCGUGGCGCCCAAGUCACCUCUGGCGCGGAUCCAUUUCUCAGGCUACGACACAGACAAAAGCCUUCCUGAUGGACAUGCAGAGAAGAAGGUUGUUUAUCGUUUCUGCUCGGUUGUGAAGGAGUCUGGUGAUUUGAUGUACCAGCACUGUGAUGCACAGCGUGGGGCGACAGGGGCAGGUGUUUAUAUCCGCCUCAGAAGGGAUAAGGAACACGAGAGCGGGAAAGGAAAGUGGAAGAGGAGGGUGAUUGGGGUGUUUACAGGUCAUCAGUGGGUGGAGGCCGAGGGGGGCGAGCAGAGGGACUUUAAUGUUGCGGUACGGAUCACAUCUUCUAAAUAUGCCCAGAUUUGCCACUGGAUUCACGGAGACCCAAGACUUUGUAAAGAGGUUUGAUCUCAAAAAGCAGCAAGACAAAGAUCUGUCCUUACCCUCAGAGAAAAACUAAAAAAAAAUCCGAAAUCAUGCAUUAAAAAAUUUGAAAGAAAAUAAAACAAACAGAAUUAAAAGUUUAUUUUAGGCGGAGAACUAAAAACUCCACAGUCCACCUGUUUUUACUUGUAUAACUCAAACGGUUAAACCCUUUCAAAUGUUUUCUAUGGUGACUUUGACAAAGAUGUAAAUUCUAUAACAUUCUCUCUAAUUUACAAGACUGAGGCAACAAUGACGUAAAGCAACAUUUUAAGAUUUUUUUCAUGUGUCAUAAAACUUUUGUGCUGUAAUAAAAUCAAAUUAAAUCUU